CUUAUUAUCAUGCAAAUUGACUUUAGUAAGGCGUUCGACUCCGUUGACCAUGAGACACUUUGGGAUUUCCUAAUGUCGUAUGGGCUACACGGGCGCAUCCUCGAUUCUUUAAAGGCUAGCUAUGCUGACGUGAAGUUUCGGGUCAAGUUAGGAAAUAAGUUGGGACCUGAAUUCACGGUG